GACACAUUCUGGCUGUUCUGUGGAAAAGUAUUUUGAUAAUUAAUGUCAUAUUUUUCACAGUUUUUAUUGAAAACAUCUGAUUUAGUGUGUGUGCAUGUGUGUUUAGAAUGUUCCCUGUAGAACUGAAGAACUCAUAAAGAAUUCUAGAACUCUUAUCAUAUUUUAGAAUCAACAACAUCUGUGGACUCUCUUCAUUAGACGGACAGUGGCUGAACUGACAACACCUCUAGUGUUAUAUAAUAUUAGUAUAUAUUAUUAUCAGAACAACUGCGGUUAAACAAGUAAGUAUUCUUCCUUUCUUUCUCUUUCUUUAGCUCACAUUAACACCUGUUUCUUCUCUUUUUUUCAGCUUAGUUAGACAGUAAUCAACGAAGAAAAAUGGCAGAAAGUAGUUUCAAGUUAUCAUUUUCUUCUUCUGCCCGUGAUGCAAACGAGCUGCCCACUGACUUCAAGUUCAUGAAGCUUCUGGGAGCGGGCAGUUUUGGAAAAGUGGUGAGGUGUUUGAAGAAAGACACCAAUCAGACCGUGGCUGUUAAGAUCCCCAUGUUUCUGGAAAAAGACAGCACUGAGGUUUCCACAAUGGAAAAGUUAAUGUGCCUGAAACUGGACCAGUCCAACAUCAUCCAGUUCUUAGGCUGGUUUGAUACCAGUGUUGGGAAGGCCAUGGUGUUCGAGUCUCUCGACAUCAGCUUGGAGGACUUCAUCCGAAAGGGAAAAUGUCUCCCCAUGCAGCUGUGUGAUGUCAGUUUUAUUAUCCAGCAGGUAAGAACAGACACAAACUCUGAAAUACACAGAGAUAAUGUAAUGUUUCUCAAAAUAGCCGCUGCAUAA